CUUUGGGAAACUUCACUUCAGUGCAGUCCGUGUUUGCUGCUUCGCUUGCAGCCAUGCCCGACCACUCUGCUCUCCUCCUGCUGCCUUUCUUCUCCCUCUUUUUCAUCGGAUUCGAGGCUUUAUCAGCGCACUCCGUGUUGUACGAGACGGACGUGGUGGUGCCCGUGGAGCUGCGGUCUGGGCAGGUGCUGCAGGAAGCAUCCGGCUGGAGCGGGGGCCGCAGGAGACGUUCGGAAGGUCAGCAUGACCACCUGUUUCUGUCUCUGCCUGCUUUCGGCCAAGAGCUUUACUUAGAGCUGCAGAGGGAUGAGGCUUUCCUCUCUGAGGGUUUCGUGGUGGAAGAGCGGAGCGAAGGAGGGAUCGUCCAGCACGAGCCAAACUUUAAAGGACAGUCCUGCUUCUAUACUGGAGCUGUUCUCAACCACACGGACUCCUUUGCCUCGCUGGAUGCAUGUGGUGGUCUGACUGGCCUGGUACAGACCGGAGAUGAGACCCUGUUCAUUGAGCCAGUGGGGCAUGUGGUGGACUCCUUUUCUGGCUGGGAGCACAAGGUGGUCCGGCAAAAGCGCUCCUCCAAGGAAACAUCCCAGUCCACAAACAACAGCCCGAAAUACUGCCAAAUCAUCCAAGGGAAGCGAAAGGAGCGGCGGUCUAAAAGCUCAGAGGAAGCUCGUGGGAGGAGAAAUGCCAUCCGUCUGAGUGGAGAGUACACAGUGGAGACGGUGGUGGUGGCUGACUCUGACAUGGUGCAGUAUCAUGGAGCGGAGGCUGCCCAACGCUUUCUGCUGACCGUCAUGAACAUGGUGUAUAAUAUGUUUCAACACCAGAGUCUAGGCGUGCAGCUGAACAUUCGGGUCACCAAAUUGGUCCUCCUCCACUCCCGCCCGGAGAAGCUGAAGGUGGGCCAUCAUGGUGAAAAAGCCCUGGAGAGCUUCUGCCACUGGCAGCAUGAAGAGUAUGGAGGGGCUCGUUACCUUGGCAACAACCACGUCCCUGGAGGUAGAGAUGACCCACCUCCUAUGGAUGUAGCAGUGCUGGUCACCAGGACGGAUUUUUGUGUCCACAAAAAUGAACCCUGCGACACUGUUGGUAUCGCCUACCUGGGAGGCACCUGCAGCGCCAAGAGGAAGUGUGUACUGGCAGAGGACAACGGACUCAACCUGGCCUUCACCAUCGCUCAUGAGCUUGGACACAACAUGGGAAUGAGCCAUGAUGAUGACCAUGCCACCUGUACAGGCCACUCCCACAUCAUGUCAGGAGAGUGGGUCAAAGGCCGUAACCCCAGUGACCUCUCCUGGUCUACUUGUAGCCGUGAUGACCUGGAAAACUUCCUCAGGUCGAAGGCCAGUGCUUGCCUGCUGCACACGGACCCUCGGAGCCGCUACCUGGUGCGCUUGCCUGCCAAACUGCCUGGCAUGCACUACAGCGCUGACGAACAGUGUCAAAUUCUGUUUGGCACCAACGCCACCUUCUGCACCGACAUGGAGCACCUGAUGUGCGCAGGCCUGUGGUGUCUGGUGGAAGGGGACACUUCAUGUAAGACCAAACUGGACCCGCCUCUGGACGGCACAGAAUGCGGCGCUGACAAGUGGUGCAGGGCUGGUGACUGUGUCAGCAAGACGCCGAUUCCUCAGCAUGUGGAUGGAGACUGGAGUCCAUGGAGCCAGUGGAGCAUGUGCAGCCGAACCUGCGGCACUGGAGCGCGUUUCAGACAGAGGAAGUGUGACAACCCCCCGCCCGGUCCUGGAGGAAGGCAUUGUGUGGGGGGCAGUGUGGAGCACAAGGCGUGUGAGGGUCCUCCGUGUGCUAAAGGAGUUCCCACCUUCAGAGACCAGCAGUGCCAGUCCCAUGAACGCCACGCUGGGAAGAAGAAGAGCCAGAUGUGGACAGCUGUGGUCAAUGAUGAGAAGCCAUGUGCUCUGUUCUGUUCUCCGGUGGGCAGGGAUGCCCCCGUGCUGGUGGCUGAGAGAGUGCUGGAUGGGACGCCCUGCGGACCCUACGAGAGUGACCUGUGUGUGAACGGGAAGUGUCAGAAAAUCGGCUGCGAUGGCAUCAUUGGUUCCUCGGCAAAGGAAGACCGCUGUGGAGUGUGUAACGGAGACGGAAAGUCCUGCAAGAUCGUCAAGGGAGACUUUAACCACACCAGAGGGAUGGUCCCCCCUAGCCAUUGUAAGAAGGUCUCUACGUGUGUGAUGUCAAAAUCCAGGGCAGUUCCCAAGUGUUUCUCAUGUUAUAUCGAGGCAGCUGUCAUUCCGGUGGGAGCUCGGCGAAUCAAAGUUGUGGAGGACAAGCCAUCCCACAGCUUCCUGGCUUUGAAAGACUCAAGCAAAAGAUCCAUAAACAACGACUGGAAAAUCGAGCUGCCGGGGGAGUUUGAGCUUGCAGGCACCACUGUCCGCUACGUUCGGAGGGGGCUGUGGGAAAAGAUGUCUGCCAAGGGGCCCACUAAGACUCCUCUCCACCUCAUGGUUCUCCUCUUCCAUGACCAGUCAUAUGGGAUCCACUAUGAGUACACAGUGUCUCUGAAUCAGUCUCAGGAGAGCAGCAGCGAGGUGCAGAGAGAGCCAGAGUACCUGUACCUGUGGACACACAGCAGCUGGGAAAGCUGCAGCGUCCAGUGUGGAGGAGGAGAGAGAAAGACAAUGGUUUCCUGCAUGAGGAUUGUUAAUAAGACCAUGAUGGUGGUGAAUGACAGCCACUGUCAGCCAGAGAACCGUCCAGCGCCUCAAAUCCGCCGCUGCAACACACACCCCUGCCAGUACAGGUGGGUGGCCAGUGAGUGGGGUCAGUGUUCAGUGACCUGUGGGGCAGGCCUGCAGCGGAGGGAUGUGGGCUGUGUGUAUCAGCUCCAGAACGGUACCUACAUCUCCACACGAGACCUUUACUGCCUCAGCUCCAAACCAGCCAGCCUGCAGCAGUGUGAGGGACGCCACUGCCUCACCGUCUGGGAGGCCUCAGAGUGGACCAAGUGUUCAUCAGACUGUGGACGGGGCAUCAGGAAAAGGACAGUAACAUGCACCAAUCCUCAAGGCCUCUGUGACCCCACCUCCCGGCCCGCGCAGGAGGAGCCCUGUGAGGAUCACUCUAACUGCUACGAGUGGAAGACUGGAGAGUGGUCAAAGUGCUCAUCGUCCUGUGGGCGUGGUCUGCAGUCCCGAGUUGUCCAGUGCAUGCAUAGGGUGACGGGUCGCCAUGGCAGUGACUGCCCCAUAGUCCUAAAGCCCCCAGCAUACCGGCAGUGCCACCAGGGGGCGUGCAACGAAAAAGUCAAUGUCAACACCAUCACUUCUCCCAGGCUGGCGGCGCUGACGUAUAAGUGCACGGGAGACCAGUGGACGGUGUACUGCAGAGUGAUCCGGGAGAAGAACCUGUGCCAGGACAUGCGCUGGUACCAACGCUGCUGCCAAACCUGCAGAGACUUUUACGCCAACACAAUGCCCCACAAGAGUUAAUGAUCCUGGCACUCUUUAACACGUAGCAGCUUAUUUUUGAUGUCCUUUUUUGUAUUUGUCUUAAAUGACACUGUUUAUAUUAUUGUUAAAGAUUAUUGUAAGUGAAAAUCAGUGUGAAAACAGUAACAAGCAAGUUGCAAAAAGUACGCAAUGGAUUUUGCAAAUUUUAAAGCUUUUUAAGGUUGUGACUUGAAAAAAGGAGGCAAAAGGUCUAUGACUUUUUAUAUUAUUUUGCUGUAAACCAAAGUUAACCAACGUUAAAAAGCAAUUGGAGACUUCUUUAGCAUCCCGGCUUGGCUGUUGUACAGUAAGCCGGGCGUUCUCAGAGUUUUGAAAAACCGUUUGGCUAGCAUUGCUUUCUAAAAGCCACUGGUUGGCCAAGAACCCCAGGACGGAGCAACGGGGCGUUCUUAAUAUUUCAGUAACCUAAUCACCACUCUGUAUCUGUAUCUAUUAUUUUUUUCAGAUUUUUUAAAUCUCUUCUUUAUUUUAAGACCCCCCUCUCCAGGACGUCUUAAAGAGGUCCCUGAUGAAGUCACUGAAAGAGGACGUAUAAUCCAGAACCUCAUGGCUCGUGAGCUCUAUAGUCAAUAUUAUCAAAGUGCUGUGUGCUUUGCUGUCGCUUUAGUUUUUUUUCCUCUUGUUCAUUGUCUUUAGCCUUUUGUUUGUUUUGUCAUGGUUGAGGAUUUGUGUCAGGCAAGGGGUCCCAUUGUUGUCAGAUUUCUGGUUAAGGUCUAGAGCACCAACCCUGUUCUACCUUCCUGCAGAGUCUAGCUUCAACCAUGAUUGGCCACACCUCCUCCAGAUAAUUCACUUUUUCAUAAGUUCUUGAUUGUGUAUGUCAGAUGCUUUAGAGAUACAAUCAUAGACCAAUAAUUGAAUGUCCUGUCAAUUUAUAUAUUUGUUGAUUUUUUUAAGUGAAAAUAUAUUAACACAUCGUCUACUGGGAACUUAAAAAUGGCUUUUUCUGCAAAUUUUAGUGCACAGUUUCUGUUUAUUGCAUGUUUAAAAAAGUUGUUUAAAAGUAGUGUGCUAUAACUUUUGCACAGUUUACAUUUUAUG